AUGGUCUCCCUUGCCGCCCUCGCGACCCUGAUUGCCAGCGCCGCCGCCCUCGGCAUAAACUGCCGCGGCUCUGACGCCUGUCCCCUGAACGACGCCAAACUCAGCGAAAUCCUCGUCCAGGUCAAGCAGCUCCAGGCCCAAGGCAAAGGAACUCAUCACUACAAGCCCGGCGUCCAGCUCGCCUGCGCCCAGGGCAAGCAUGCCUCCAUGUGUGCCUCCUACCAGAGAGGCGCCGGCGGCUCGGCCGACCGCGCCGUCGAACUCAUCCAGGGUCUGAUAGACCACAAGUGCCAGCAGUGCGGCAGCAUUCCCACGCAGCCCGGCAACGACGUUUCCAAGGGCGAGCUGACUGUCAACAUUGUCAGCGCCCCUUGUUGCAAAGGAAACUGCCAUUGCCCCGUUUGA